UUCUUUGCCAAUGCUGAAUACAGCCAGAGUGCCGGAAUGCAAUCCAGCGCCAGAAUCGAUGAAUACAGCAAACGUCGAGUGGUUGGAGGUAACGAAUCAGAACCCCACGUUUGGCCUUGGACUGCUCAACUGAUUUAUACUGAAACCAAAAUUCAUCGUUGUGGUGCAGCGAUUCUAGCGAAUGAUAUCGUGAUAACUGCUGCGCAUUGUUUUUCACGAAGCCGCAAUCCAAAUCGAUAUGAAGUCCUUAUUGGAGGACACGAGCUUGGCUCCGGAGAAAGCUAUACUAUCCGCAACAUUUCCAUUCAUCCACUCUUUAACAUUUUAAUGUCUAGUUCAUUCGAUGUAGCACUUCACAAAAUAAAGUUCGAUGAAAAUGUUCGGCCAGUUUGCUUGCCAACGUUGGAACCGUCAGUUCGAGAUGAUUGCAUUGUUACUGGAUGGGGAUAUCAAGAAGAAAGUGGUCGAUUUUCUCCAAAGUUACGUGAAAUACGUGUCCCAAUUAUUCCCGUUGCUAUAUGCAAUAGUAUGAUACAUUAUUUGGGUCGAGUUGAUCCUUUAUCAAUGCUCUGCGCGGGAUCUGGAGGUGCAGAUGCAUGUCAGGGUGAUUCAGGUGGGCCCUUGAUGUGUUAUAGUAAUGUUCGUCAACGAUGGGAACUGCAGGGAGUGGUGAGCUGGGGUCACGGGUGUGGUAGGAACAACAGUCCAGGAGUGUAUUCCAAAAUUAGUGCUGUUGCAGCAUGGAUCACUUCUCAGAUGAAUAUACUUAAACUUAAUGAUAAUGAUGUUCUUUAA